GACGAGGGUGGACGGACGCAACGCAACGGAAACUUUGGCAAACGUAGUCGAUUUAGAGAACGGUAUUUUUGCUUAUCGAGAAAGAAGAUGCGCCCCAUCAUCUAUGUGUGAUCACCGUGCGUUUUCGCGUUAUCAUCGCUUUUUGCUGUAUAGGUUAUAAUUGCGCGCGCGUAAGGUCGGGCGAAUAACCGACUCUAAAAGAGAGAGAGAAAGAAAGAAAAUAUAGAUAAUUGUUGCCGCAUCUUCAGCUAUUAAUUAUGACGACCCUAGAAUCAGAUGAGAGCCAUCUCGAUAAGCUGCCGCAUGUGGAAUGGGACAGUACGACCUCUCCAGAAUCGCCCGGGUGUAUGUUUCCCGAUGGACUGAAUCCCCUGGAAUGUCAGAUGGCCGGUCAUCCCUUCGACGGUGAUAGGCAUACUAUUGGCAUGUUGGUAUGCAGACAGACUGGAUAUGUAUUGAAACCAGCGACUAAAAUGAUCCUCGGGGAAAGAGAAAUUGCAUUCUACGAGAACCUGAAGAAUUCCCAUGAUCCCACGAUAGUACAACUAAAAAAAUUCGUUCCAUGUUAUUUUGGCACGACAGAACUGCGAGUCUUUAACAAACGUACGAAGUUUCUCAAGCUUAGGGAUAUCACGGAGGGCAUGGCAGAGCCAUGUGUGAUGGAUAUCAAGAUUGGCCGUCGCACGUGGGAUCCUUUAGCCACGCCAGAGAAGAGGGCAACGGAAGAACUCAAGUAUGCCGAAUCGAAGCGUGCUUAUGGUUUUUGUAUAACCGGUUUUCAAGUAUAUUGUCUCUCCACUGGACGAUUAAAAAAAUUUGACAGAGAUUAUGGCAAGAAACUUGAUGCCAAGGGCGUCGUAGAAGCACUGAAAACUUUCUUGAACAUAACACCUGAGAGGCCAGCCUGUCGACAGUUGAUCUUCGAACUCCUGUCAUUCCUGGGAAGAAUUGUGCUGCUUUUCCGCAUGCAGCGAAAAUAUCGCUUCUACUCCAGUUCACUUCUGGUCGCCUACGACGCUCAAAAAUUACGGCAAUGUCUUAAUAAUGAAAAUUCCAACAAUCAAAUGCACUCCAGAGAUAAGUCUGCCUCCUCUCCGUCGACGAGUCGUACCAUUUCAGGCACAAACGCAUCCGAGCAAAUCGCGUUGAUUUCCAACGCAGGAACGAAGAGAAAUUGGAUAGAGGCGCAGAGAAGUAAAUCAAUACUCAAAAGAAGCGUAAGUCUCAGCGAAGCCGUGCCGAUAAUGGACGAACAGAUAUUGAAUCGAAGCGAAUUUUAUAGUCCAGAUUUUAAGAUGAAUCGUCUUUGUCAAUCCUGUCCGAGCCAAUUUUCGCUUCCAUGCACGAAUAACGUCACGAUUAAUGAUAAUCACAACAUAGAAAACAAGUGCAAUUGGGUCAAAGUAAACAUGAUCGACUUUACACAUGUCUUCCCCGCGGACAACUCCGAUUUGGAUUUAAAUUAUUUGGAAGGUAUCGAAAACUUGAUCAACCUUUUAAAUACGUUCAUCAAGCGUGUUCGAAAACGCGAGCAAGACAAUUCUUGCCCAACUACCGCGCAAUAAAGUUUCCUUAUCAAAGAAUAAUGUAUUAUUCGCGAUGAUGUUCCCGGAAGUGAACGGAGAUUAAUUCAGCUGAGAGUAGAAUUGACGAUGUGUCGGCCUUAUUAUCGGAUUGAUGGAGAGCGCCAAGACUUCUGACAACGGCAAUCGUCAGGCUGAGAGGACGCUGUUCACCGAGCAAAGCUACUGAGCUUUUAGGAGAAAGAAGUAUUGAAAUCUGAAGAAACAUGAGAGUUUAUCGAAUGUAAACAGGUAAAAUACUCAGAAGAUAGCAAUUUUUAUAUGAACUUGCGGCGAUGUAUUUCUCUCGAAGGUCAGAUUUCAGCAAGAAUCACUCGAUACAGAAACCAAGUAUCGUAAAAAGACUUCUGGCCAAUUUAGAGAGUCAAUUUAAUGUAACCCAAUCAGACUAACUCGAUCAGAAUCUAAACAGAUUCCAAGGAGAAUGUCUUCUCUAGAAUACAAUAAUUAAGACUUUUGUACUUUGCCAAAAAAAACUUACACAUUGUAUAAAGUAUCUAAGAAUUUCGUACUCGAGUUUCUUCAUAUUUAUCGUAUACAUGAAAAAAAAAUAUGGUUUUUUAAAUUCAAAAGAGAAAUAGAGUACAUCUCAUCGUUCAAGUACGUUCAUACUAUGACGACGAUAAGUCGUACUUUAUGAACACUCCUGCAACGGCAAAAGAUUCUUUAAAAUUGGUGUUACUUUACUAUUGAUUUUGCCAUGUCACAGAUAUUUAUAUUGUACGCAUGUUACUUGAAAAUGCAGAAAUUAUUGUAAGUAUAACACCAGCAAUAAAUCAUUACGACAUAAAGUGAAUGAAUUAUUGAACGCUUCUAUUGAUUUCCACGGUAAUAAAAUGGAAAAUCUGUGACAGACAAUAAGAAUUCUUUCUUAGUUACUGUAUAUGUACUUAAAAAAUAUUACAGCCGUCAUAUUAAUAUAAUUACUUGCAAUUUGAUAUUCUGUAUAAGUAACAUUAUGCGAUUACUUUGUUCAACGAUAAUUUAAUCAGUAAUAAUUAUUAUAUUCUUAUGAUUUUAUCAUCAAUAUAAAAUGAUUAUCCACUGUCCUCUUAAUAAUCACAAAACUUAAUAAUUGAUAAUAAUUUCUGAUUAUUUUAUCUGUUAUUUAUCUACAGAUGUUUUCACAUGCGCACGCGCGCGCGUCUUACCGGGAUGCGCCAAGCAUACAGACAGAAGCUCUCGUUGUUGUAUAAUAUUUUAUUCGCCAUUCACUCGUAAACAGUUUUUACAGAUCGUCGCCAAUUGACAUGCGCGCCGUUGCGACCGAAUCAAUCGCGAUAAUAAUUAAUAAUAAUUUGUUUAAUCUCUCGUAUAACACUUAUAAUAACGCGCACGAGCAAGUCAUGUUCCUGUACGCAUGCGUGUGUAGGUGUAUGUAUAUAUAAGAAUGCGCAUACAGACACACGAAUGUACGCGCAGACACAUCUAUAUACAUAUAUAGAUUGCUCACGAUCAUCGUUCGCAUUCUUCUCCCUCUCUGCUACAUCUUCUUUUUACUUUACGAUCACUUUGCUAACGCUUUCUCGUUCAAUUCGGGUUAGUGAUUUAAUCGAGAACUGCGUCUGAUUGAAACUAUCUGAUGUACACUGCAUUUUCGCUUGUCUUAACUACGAAUCGAAAUUGUUUCUUUAAGGGUAGAGGAAGGGGUGGUAAAGGGAAUUACUUUCACAGCUUGAAUUUUGUUAGUUUGAUAAUUUUAGCGAUAAAAAAUAUCGACUUAUUAGCAGAAUUUAAAAUCCAAAAUAAUAGGCAAAGUUAUUUUUAUUAUAAACUGAUAGCAGCGAAAUCGUCACAUUAAAAAAAACUCAAUUGAUUACAAUCGCGGCUGCGUAUGCAUGUAUAAUUAACGUUAUCAAUGAGUUAUAAUCAGAUGAUUGUAAUUAAACAAAGUGUAAUAAACGGAUCGACAGAGCAACGUGAACAGCUGGUUUCCUUUCUUUUUGCCGACGACGUCGGAAAACGCGCGCUGUGCUUCGCGCGCAAUUAGAUAAUGAAACAAGAACGAGCGACAAUAACGAGAUAAUAAUAUAAGUAGCCCUAUAUCACAUAGUAAACGCAAGGCGCAACAAUAAAUAUUGCAAGACGCAUUAAAUAGCUAAGUGUGUAACGCAAUAAUUCCGUUAAAAAACAACGGAUCUUGUUAGUAUGUACGAUAAAAUAUGCAUCAGAUAUGCUAGACUAAUAAUUGUUAUAUAAUGUAAUCGAAACACAAGCACUCUCUCUCUCUCUCUCUCUCUUCGUUUCUCUUCCACGUAGACACAAACUCACAUACGCAUUCUCUCUCACUAAUUAUAUAGGUAAUUACAAAGCGAUUCGAUCGAACGAUUAUAAGUUUAUUCGUGUAUUCUGUUCGCGUCUCGUUCCUCGCAUUCGCUCUCACAAGAUAAACGAAGAAAACCUUGAUAAGGGGACAAACCGCUUCGCUAUACGAGGCAAAUGGCAAUAACAACGAGAGAUGCGAUACGCGCAUUGAUGGCAAAAAGAAAAAAGAAAAAAGAAAAAAAAAAAAGAA